AUGAAAAUUUUUUGGAUAUUUGGGGUUAUUUUGAUAAUUUUAUGGAGAAAGGUACUCUGUUUUAAUUAUAGCUCUGUGGGUCAAAGCGCCCCUGCACAGGUGCCGCUUACUCUUAUUCAAUCUGCUGCAGCAACGGGAGCUGUAUGUUUGGAUGGAAGCUUGCCAGGUUAUCAUUUGGAUCGAGGGUUUGGAGCAGGAGCAAAUAGUUGGCUCGUCAAUUUAGAGGGUGGAGGUUGGUGCAAUGAUAUAAGAACAUGCGUGUACCGCAAAAAAACAAGACGUGGGUCUUCAAAUUACAUGGAGAAAGACUUACUCUUCACUGGGAUAAUGAGCAGCAAACCUGAAGAGAAUCCAGUUUUGAUCGAAACUCAAAGAAGUGAAGUUGGGAGGACAGAGAGAAAGAAAUUCAGGCGCAUGAGGGUGCAUUCUACUUUUCGUACGAAUCCAUAA